GUGCAGAAUUUCUCAUUGCUAAGCUAUGCAUGCCUUCAUCUUCUUCAUCCUUUUCUCCACUGCCAUCUUAAUUGAAACACAAGCAUCCACUGAAAACUGCACAACUACUAAGUGCUCUCAUGGCGAACCCGAUAUUCGGUUUCCUUUCCAAGUAAGAGGCCGGCGUCCCCAUCACUGUGGUCUACCCGGUUUUGACAUCGACUGCAGCAACAACGCUUCCAAAAUUCACUUCCCAUCUUAUGGUGAACUGGGCAUCAAAUCCAUCUCGUACGAUGCCAGAAGACUCGAUCUUCUCGAUCCCAAGGGUUGCGUCCAUGAAGUCUUUCUUAAUCUCAAUCUUUCCCUUACCCCGUUUCGAUAUUACUAUGUUCUGAAAGAGUACUCGUAUCUCAAUUGUUCGGUUACGCUUUCACCUUCUUUCUCUCAAGUUCCCUGCCUAAGUGGCUCCGGCUUUCAUGUUUACACUGUGGAGCCUUCCAUGGCUGUGCCAAACUUUUGCAGGGUUGUGAAAACUGUUCCCAUUCCUUUCGAGUACAGUCCUUAUCUUUCUGACAGUAGCUUCGGUCUUGGGUUAACUUGGGGCUCAGUUGGGAAUCAAGAAACAGGAUGUUUCACCAUGGCACAUGUUAAAGUGGCGUGUAUUGCCAUUUUAAUUUUGGUGCUGGCAGUGCUGGCAAGAAUAAGCAUGCAUCGGUCCAACAAAACACAACGUCGGAGAGAAGGGGACGAUCGAAUUCAGGUUGAGAAACUACUCGGAGAUUACAAAAGCCUUAAGCUUGAAAGGUGUGAAAUAAGGCAACUCUACUCAGUCUGAAACAGUUUUGGUCGACAUUAGAAUCAUGAUGAAGCACCAUAAAAUGCAACUUAUGAAUGAAAAACUGUAACUUUUCAGAUUUUUGAUGCAUCUUUUUUCACCUGUUUUAGUAGCAGUUUUUAAUAAUAAUCCAUGUUUGAAGCA